AUGUCUGAGGCCGGAGGAGCGCAGACUCAGACGCAGACGCAGACUCAAGCGAGUUCGUCAGGCAGGGGAGGAAGGAGAGGCAGGUCCGGACGUGGAAGAGGGGGUCGAGGUCAGGGUGAUGGCGGUCGUCGAGGCGGCGGCCGGAAUGCCGCUGCCCAGUCGCAACCGCAGAACCAGAACCAGGGCCAGAAUCAGGCGGGCCCAGCACCGGCGUCUGAGCCGAUUGUGACGGCAGCACCUCGUGAGAGCGCACCAGAUGCGUCAGCUUCUGGCUCAGGAAGGAGAGGGAGAGGCCGUGGUGGUUCUCGAGGUGGCCGAAGAGGUGGCGGUCGUGGCGGCUCCGGAGUUGCGGCGCCCGUCCCUGGAACUCAGCGGACGUUUGGUGGCCGUCUCACGACGAAUGCUGUCCCCGACGAAAAUGCGGCAGCUGGUUUGAGUGCAGCUGCUCCAGAUUUCGUGCCUGGGCAGCCCGUUCCUCAGAGAUCUGCACCUGCGCCCAAGCAGAAGAAGCCUCAAUAUCCUCUGGCACCAAAGUCUACAGCAGCAGAUUUGCCUACGAGGAUCCAUGAGGACAUUAGCCACGGCCAGUACGACACGCACACCUGCAGAAAGGAGUGUCAUCGCCCGGGCGAGUGUGAAGAUGCUGAAAUUCCUGGCUCUCAUUGCGCCCAGCCCUGCGGCAAGACACGCAAGUCCUGCGAGCAUGCUUGCCAGGAUUCGUGCCACGCCCCUUACCAAUGCAAGGAAGACCGGCCAUGCCAAAGCAAGACCUUCAUUACCUGCGAAUGCCAAAACCGCAAGAAAGAGGUCAAGUGUCUCGCCACGAAGACGAACCCGACACCGGACCGCGACACCCUCAAAUGCGACGAUGAAUGCCUCCGACUUCAACGUAAUCAGCGCCUUGCCGCGGCUCUCAAUGUUGAUCCGGAUCACACCGACGACCACAUCCCCUACUCCGACACGACCCUCAAGCUCUUCCGCGAGCUUUCCCUUACGUGGGCUCAAAAUCAGGAACGCGAGUUCAGAGUCUUUGCCUCCGAGCCCUCCGAGAAGCGUCUCCGCUUCAAACCCAUGCCCAAAGCUCAGCGCGCCUUCAUACACAACCUCGCUGCGGACUUUGGCUUCGACUCAGAGAGCCAGGACCCGGAACCUCACCGCCACGUCUCAGUCUUCAAGACCCCGCGCUUUGUGUCCGCCCCGAAGAAGACACUCUCCCAGUGCGCCAAGAUCCGCGCCGACGCCGCCAAACUCACCGCCGCCCCGGCCGCAUCCUCCUCCGCGAACGCCUCCGCGGCACCGGAGCCCUUCAACGCCCUCCUCCUCACGGCACCGCGCUUCGGCCUCACGAUUGACGAGAUCGACUCCGCCCUUGCCACUCACCUGAAGUCCCACAACUCCCUCUCCUUCACAACCUCCUUCCUCCCGUCCGACGAGAUCCUCAUCCGCGCUGUACCUGUCACCUCCUGGGGCACCAGCCCCUCCGCCGUCGAAUCGACCCUCUCUUCCCUCAAGCCCCUCGUCGCCCGCACGGUCACAAAGGAAGGCCUCGCCGCCGCAGCCCUCCUCGUCACCGCCGACGCCAACCUCAACGUCCUCCGCCGCGAGGGCGCCGCCGCCGCAGGUGCCGGGGGCUGGAACGCCGUCGUCGGACGCGCCGCGGCCCAGCGUAGGGUGUUCGGCCCCGCCAAGCCCGAGACGACGCGGCCCAGCAGCGGGUUCGUCAGCUUCUCCAAGCUCGCGAGGAAGAAGAUCGUCGAGGACUCCGUGGCGGACGAUUGGGAGGCUGCUGCGGAUGACGAGUGA